CGCAACUUCAGCCAAGGCCCGGAUACUGGAAAACUCGUUAUCUAGUCUGCUCCACGUGUCAGACCAGAUGGUUUUGGGGUGGAUCAGUGUGGAGCGACGUUGUGUAGUCCGCAUCUCACCCUUGCCGACCCUUCAUGGCAUUGGGGAGAUGAUCAUAUAAAGCUGAUCCCCUCGCUUGACCAUUGGAGCCUCAGCAUAUCCAUCAGCCUUCGUCGCUCAGAUUACCGCCAUCAUGCCAGCACACAAGGACAGCGAACAUGGUGUUCCCACCUAUUGGGGAAAAUCUGGCAGGAUGCUACAAGUUCUCAUCACUGUCGUUGCGAUAACCGACUUCUUGCUCUUUGGAUACGAUCAGGGUGUCAUGUCCGGCAUCAUCUCCGCCCCCGCGUUUGUGUCGGCAUUUCCCCAGGUUGAUGGCGACAGCACCUACGAAGGAUUUGUUGUUUCCAUCUACGCUGUUGGUUGCUUCUUGGGUGCUUUAUUCAUCUUCCUAGUCGGCGACAAGCUCGGUCGCCGCAAGUCUAUCUUCCUCGGCGCCGGCAUUAUGAUCGUUGGUGUUAUCAUCCAGGUUGCAGCUAAACCUGCAGGAGGUGGUGCGACUGCGCAAUUCAUCAUCGGGCGAGCCAUUACUGGUAUUGGAAACGGCAUUAACACAUCGACCAUUCCAACCUACCAAGCUGAGUGCUGCAAGGCAAAGAAUCGUGGCAAGGUCAUUUGCGUUGAAGGCGGUAUGGUCGCAAUCGGGACGUUGAUAGCCUACUGGAUCGACUACGGAUGUAUCUACGGACCUGACGACUUUACGUGGCGCUUCCCUAUCGCUUUCCAAAUUGUGUUCGCCUCGAUUGUUGUUGUCAUGAUGAUCAAUCUCCCCGAGUCUCCUCGAUGGCUUCUCACUCACCAUCGCGAGGAAGAAGCUGCCACCGUCAUUGCUGGCCUCAACGGACUACGACGCGACGACCCUGAGGUCGAGACUCAAAUGGCCGUCAUCAUGGAUGCCAUCCGACAAUCUGGUGGUGGAGGUAAAACUAAGUCUACCGCUCUUCUGACCAACGGCAAGUCCCAGCACUUCCGCCGCAUGAUCCUUGGAGCUUCGUCUCAGAUGAUGCAGCAACUUUCUGGAUGCAACGCUGUCAUUUACUACUUCCCUAUCUUGUUCCAAACUGCUCUGGGUACCACACACAACCUGGCAUUGCUCCUAGGUGGUAUCAACAUGGUUGUUUACUCCAUCUUUGCUACGACUUCCUGGCUCCUGGUUGAACGUAUUGGUCGCCGCAAGCUUUUCCUGAUUGGUACGGUCGGACAAUGUCUUUCUAUGGUUCUUGUAUUUGCGUGCCUUAUCCCCGGCACUGCAUCUGCAGCCAAGGGCGCCGCCGUCGGUCUAUUUACCUACAUCGCCUUCUUUGGCGCCACCUGGCUGCCGCUGCCAUGGCUCUACCCCGCCGAAAUCAACCCUCUCAAGACGCGCGCGAAGGCCAACGCUUUCUCCACCAUCAACAACUGGCUGUGGAACUUCUUCAUCGUCAUGAUCACGCCUGUCCUGAUUGAUAGCAUUGGCUGGGGCACUUACCUCCUCUUCGCUGUUCUGAACGCCAUUUUCUUCCCCAUUAUCUACUUCUUCUACCCUGAGACUUCUGGUCGCUCCCUUGAGGAAAUCGACCUUAUCUUUGCCAAGGGCAGCCUCGAGAAGAUGAGCUAUGUGACGGCGGCCAAGGAGCUUCCGCAAAUGGACGAGACUGAGAUCGAACGUUAUGCACGCGACUUUGGCUUCGAGUCGAGCGACGAGGAAGCCCGUACUUCAUCUGAGAAGGAGGCGAAGAAGCAGGAGGACAUUCUGCAGGCACCAAGGGCUUAGGCUUUUGCGGUACCUUAGAGGUGUGAGCGCUGGUCGCAGUGAUCACGAGUGAGCGCGCUGUGGGCGCUUUGGCGUCAUUCUGUCGAUGCUUGUUAUUACGUUACGCGAUGUGGAAAGAUACCCGACGCUUCAGUCGUCAAGAGUGUAACGUGGACGUUGCCUCUCAUAUGAGAUGUUGUUCGAAAUGGGAGAAAGUAGAGAGUAGAUUGGUUGUUUACGACUUUUACGGUGUUUUUUUUAGCGUGGCAUGAUUCUCAUGCUUUGUCGUUUUUUUGUAUCUAGACCGCUCUAUACCCAAUACAUGCGGACUUUUACGAA